AUGGCGGAUAGCUCGCAACAGAUGAGCUUUCAGGCUGGAGAGGCCAAGGGCCAAGCUAAGGAGAAGACAAGCAAUUUGAUUGAGAAAGCUAGCAAUGCAGCUCAAUCAGCGAAGGAGACCGUGCAAGAGGCCGGCCAACAGAUGGUGGCUAGGGCUCAAGGAGCUGCCGAGGCUGUGAAGGAUGCCACCGGAUUGAACAAAUGA